AUGACUACCAUUCAUGACUACGUACGAUCGUACCUCGGUGAGAGCAAAGACGCGAAGGAAUUUGCGAAGCAGUUCAUCGACAAGCGCAGCAAAUACCGCAACCAGGCCAAACAAACAGAUGAGGUGAGCGUGAGUGGUCCGUGGAAGGACAGCAUGUGGGGACCCGCCCCAGCCAUUACUCCGUCCGGCGGGGGCAAGCAGUCCGUUCAUCCCGAACAGGGCAGCGGUGGCGCCACCAAGCGAGGCGACGGCAAGAAGAAAAAGAAAAAGAUGCAGAAGAUGGAUCCGAGCAUGCUGGGAUACACGGUGCACGCCAACUCCAGCCGCGUGAACGCAGGAGAGAUCGAGACCCUCGACACCCAGUAG